CUCGAAAAUCAAAUUGCCAAAUCAAAGGAACCACGGACUUAGGUCAACGGAGAAUGAGAAAGAGUUAAUGAGUUACAAUCAAUGAAUCAAUUUCGUAUCGAAUGAAGUUUCGAAAUCAGAAUCAUAGACUGCGUGAGGCAUUAAUUAUUAAUCAGACAACAACUUAAAAUUAUUAGAGUAAGUAACUUAAAUUAGGAGAAUAAGCGAUGAGGAUCAAUGACACAUAGUUUUAAUUUUUGCAUCGAAUAAAAAUGUAGGAGAACUUUGUGCAUGAUCAAAUAAUCAUGGGAGGCGUUUAAUUUUUGCGAACAAACCUUCAGGUUUGCAAGUUCCAACUAAAGUUUCAAACGGUGUGAAAAGAUAUUCUCCGCCCGCGAUGAAACCAUGAAUUUCAAAUCACACAAAGUUCUUAAUAACAUUCGUGAUACAUUAGCUUUGUUGUAUAAAGCAUUAUGUUACAUAAUACUCUACCCUGCGGAGGAACUAUACUUUUUAAACUAUACUAUAUGAAACCAUAAACUAUACGCAAACAACCACAUAUACAGCAUAGAUCAUAUAAAACAUUAGGAGAGUAAAAUAUUUUCAGAACUAGAAAUUUAGUUGAAAUUUCUCAGAAACUUCUGACUUAUUAAGUCACUUCUGACUUAUGUCAUUAAAAUUCUUUCUUGCAGUUAAUUAAGUUUCUCCAGUAUUUUGAUGCAAAUACAGCAGUCGUACUAGUAAAAGUGUCUCUCCUGUAAUCGACCUUACUACUGGAAUCGCUAAAACCGUGUAAUUUUCAACAAAAAAAAAAAAGAAACGAAAAUUUUAAAACAAGAACCAUUUAAUAAACAGCGACCAUUAGGUUUGAUAAUGGCCAUGAUACCGCUUAUCCGGUUUUACGAUAAGCAUACCAGCUAUCAGCGAUAACAAAAAGAGAUUUAGCAGAUCGUUCGAUCGCGAGCAACCAUGAGCAAACAGUAUCUGGACGAAAUUACAUCUUCCAAGGAGAGAGUUUCACCAAUUCGACGACCUCUUGAACCCUUAAAACGAUCAAGGACAAAAAAUCAGCAAACCGGAAGAAGAAGAAGAACAAGUUCUUCGAUAUUUUCUUACCUACAUGUAUAUCGUGUUUCUGUGCGAUAAUAUUCAUCAAGUUGGUUAAUCGACUCGUGAGAUAAUCCCAAGUGCAGUUCAACGUUCAUUAAUUAAUUCGACAAGGUUCCUUCGCGCAACGUCGUGAAAACAAAACAAAAAAAAAAACAGAAUACGUUUUAAACUAAUAAAGAUAAUACUCUGAAGAGAAAAUGAAUCUUAAUCGCGUAAUCACAUCAGAACCAAACCAGGAAGACGUUCGAUAUAUAGAAAUGGAACAGAAUCCAGUGUUCACCAUACCCUCUGUUUAUUUGAGCCCAACGGUCAUUACGGCACAACCACAAGAAGAUAGACGGAACAGAGAAAGAAGACCGAUUCCUGUGAACACGGUGGAGUGGAUAUCAACGCCGAGUUCGCAAAUGACUGCAAUCUCGGGAACUCAAUUCCUGAAUGACGUGGAACAAUUGGAGAUUCAGCAGAUUAUUGAUCUCAAUACAUUGCUCGGCAGAUUAAAAAGGAGAUUCCACUACAGAGUAAAAGUACCGAGAGCCGAAACACUUUUCCUAGCCAUGGACAUAGGGCAAACUGAAGAGGCAAGCGGCUGGAAUUGCUCCAAACUGUUCCGCGAGAAUUUUACAUUGAACGUCAUGGAUCAAUCUGGCCAGAAAGCCUUCACCAUGAUCGUGAGAUCCAGGAUCGCGUAUAUGAUCACCAAAUUGCAUAGCAUAAAGGUGCUGGAUCCGAAUUUAAUUGGCGUAGUGGAACAAAAUUACCGUCUAAUGGGUGUCUGUUUCACGGUCUAUAAUGCAGAGAAAAAAGAACUCUGCCAUAUAGAAGGGCCCAAUGUUAGUGGUUGUUGCAUAUAUCCAGAAACACAUUUCAAGGUGAUGUCGAUCGACGGUAGCCAUCAAAUUGCGUCCCUCAUGCAUUUGUGGGACUCUAUACUCCACGAGUACAUUCUGUUGGUUACGUUUACCAAAGAUUUGGACAUGAAGCUAAAAAGUUUACUCCUCGCCGCAGCAUUUCUCGUGGAAUACGUGUACUUCAAGGAAGAAGCCUCUUCCGAAGGUAGAGUAUUAUCUCCCACAAUGUAAUGAGAAGAUGGCCUUGCGAGAUGGCUCAUCUGAAAGAGAAAAUGCGCAUCGUUCGAUUUUGUGCGAACGUCGACGACGAAAUCUGUUUUGAAGAUUUGAGAAUGUAAGUUCCAAACAUUAUGAAGAAACUGCCGUAACAACGAGUCUACUUCGCUUCCCGACAAUUCGAGCAAAUCAACGCAGACCUUCGCAACUUGGAGCGAAGAUUAAAAUCAAACUUGCUAUAAACUCGUGAUCUUCGAAUAUGAAGCUUAUACCUUUCUUUCUUUUCCAAUAAAUGCAAUUUAAACACCGGAGCUUUUAUUGCUACACAAAAUUCAAAUCCAAAUCCCAUCACUCCUCAGGAUCAAAUUGGUUAGCGAUACUUUCUUCCAUCUUUUGUUAACAAUUUCUUACUUGAUAUUCUAUCUCCUCGUUGAAUCGCUGAUUUUUUCAGGAAUUUUCUCAUGACUUUUUUUCUGCAGUAUACUAAAAUAGAAACAGAACUUACGAUCCGUAGUUUUCAGUAAAACAGCACAAGCAGAACUAUAUUGUUUAGAGAAAUUUGUGUAACGAAAGAUAACGAACAAAUGAUUAAUAAAUAAAACAAUUCGAAGUGAAUCAAUUAAAAAAUAUCACUCUAUUGUAAUCCAAGAUUUCAAAUGUAUCGAAAAACUGUUGUCGUAUAGUACUUUUAUCAUUGCUGUAAUAACUAUGCGCGAUAAAUUGGUGCGUUGAAUUUUUUAAUUUUCUAUGUUGGUAUAAUUAGACGUCACAUGCUAGGAGUAAACACUAGAAUGUCUCGGGUUUCAACUUUUUUUUUUGUCGUCUUGAUAUGUAAAUUCGAUUCUACGAGCACACCCAAUGUAUUUUGCAACAUAUAUAAUAUAAUCGGAUAGAAGCUUUUAAAUAAAUAAUUAAUAUCUUAAGAUACCACAGUAAAUGAAAUACCUUUAUACACCGCACGAUCGUAACAUAUAAUGUAAAAGACAAUCUUAAAUAAAUGGCUAUUAUUAAAAGUACAUAUGUAUAUAAAAAGUGUUCAUUAAAAUUUGUUUAGUCAGAUUUACACAAUUUACCUUCUUCACUCUUCCCCUAUCUAAUAAGGACCUAUAUAUAAUGAUUUCCUUAGCAGUAUUUUUAAUACAUUUUAUCUCUCGUCUCUUUUGUUUUCCACCGCGUUGUAUCUAUUCGCUCAUUUUAUUGAGUUAUGGUCAAAUCAAUUACACUCAAGAAUUAUAUUCUAUUUGCGAGAAUUCGUCAGGUUGAAUUAGCUAUUCGUUUUUACUCGAAAAGAAUAUUAUUAUUAACAUUAUUAAAAUAACAAUAAAAUAAUUAAUAGCACGAAUAAAUGAUAUUGCAAUAUUUAUUACUAAUGUUGUGUUAUUGUUAUUACUUUUCUAUCGCUA